AUGCCGAACCGCAGGGCCAGCCGCAAUGCCUACUACUUCUUUGUGCAGGAGAAGAUUCCUGAACUGCGCCGACGAGGCCUGCCUGUGGCCCGUGUGGCAGACGCCAUCCCCUACUGCUCGGCGGACUGGGCGCUUCUGAGGGAGGAAGAAAAGGAGAAAUACACAGAAAUGGCUCGGGAAUGGAGAGCCGCCCAGGGAAAGGACUCCGGGCCUUCAGAGAAGCAGAAACUCAUUUCCACACCACUAAGGAGGCCAGGCAUGCUUGUACCAAAGCAGAGUGUUUCACCCCCAGAUAUGUCAAGUUUGUCUCUAAAAAGUGAUCAAGCUCUCCUUGGAGGCAUUUUCUACUUUUUGAACAUUUUUAGCCACGGCGAGCUGCCACCUCAUUGUGAACAGCGCUUCCUCCCCUGUGAAAUUGGCUGUGUUAAGUACUCCCUCCAGGAGGGUAUCAUGGCUGAUUUCCACAGUUUCAUAAAUCCUGGAGAAAUUCCACGAGGAUUUCGAUUUCAUUGUCAGGCUGCAAGUGAUUCUAGUCACAAGAUUCCUAUUUCAAACUUUGAAUUGGGGCAUGACCAAGCAACUGUAUUACAAAACCUUUAUAGAUUUAUUCAUCCAAACCCAGGGAACUGGCCACCUAUCUACUGCAAGUCUGAUGAUAGAGCCAGAGUCAACUGGUGUUUGAAACGAAUGGCACGGACAUUAGAAUUCAGGCAAGAUCUAGAACUUCUCACCGUAGAGGACCUUGUAGUGGGGAUCUAUCAGCAAAAAUUUCUCAAGGAGCCCUCUAAGACGUGGGUUCGAAGCCUCCUAGAUGUGGCCAUGUGGGAUUAUUCUAGCAACACAAGGUGCAAGUGGCAUGAAGAAAAUGACAUUCUCUUCUGUGCUUUAGCUGUUUGCAAGAGGAUGGCGUACUGCAUCAGCAAUUCCCUGGCUACUCUCUUUGGAAUCCGGCUCACAGGCGCUCACGUACCACUGCAGGAUUAUGAGGCCAGCAGUAGUGUGACACCCAAGAUGGUCGUGCUGGACGCAGGGCGCUACCAGAAGCUAAGGGUUGAGAGUCCAGGAUUCUCUCAUUUCAACUCUUCUAAUCAGGAACAAAGGUCAAACACAGCCACUGGUGAUUACCCAUCUGGGGUGAAAAUUUCAGGCCAAAACAGCAAUGUUCGAGGAAGAGGGAUUACCCGCUUACUAGAAAGCAUCUCCAAUUCCUCCAGCAAUAUCCACAAAUUCUCCAACUGUGAGACCUCACUCUCACCUUACAUGUCCCAAAAAGACGGGUACAAAUCUUUCUCUUCUUUUUCUUAA